GAAAAGAGUGAGGAAGUGAGCAAACUAGGGUUCUUGUCGUUUCACCAAAAUCAAUCACCAAUGAAGCUAGCCGGACUGAAAUCAAUCGAGGACGCGCACGACGAGUCGGUAUGGGCAGUGACGUGGGUGCCGGCCACCGAGUCCCGACCCUCUUUGCUGCUAACCGGGUCACUGGACGAGACCGUGAGGCUGUGGCAACCGGACGAGCUGGUGAACCGCGGAAAAAUGACCGGCCACUGCCUCGGCGUGGCUUCGGUGGCGGCCCACCCCUCCGGCCGCAUCGCCGCAUCGGCUUCGCUGGAUAGCUUCGUCAGGGUAUUUGAUGUUGAUACCAACAAUACCGUGGCCAGUCUCGAAGCCCCGCCAUCUGAAGUGUGGCAAUUAAGAUUCAAUCCCCAGGGUACCAUGCUAGCUGUGGCAGGUGGGGGAAGUGCAUCAGUCAAAGUUUGGGACACUGCCACAUGGGAGAUAGUAGCCACAUUGUCGAUUCCUCGCCCCGAAGGAACCAAGCCAACUGAUAAAAGCAGCAGCAAGAAGUUUGUGCUAUCGGUUGCCUGGAGUCCUGAUGGGAGACGCAUUGCUUGUGGCUCAAUGGAUGGAACUGUUUCUGUUUUCGAUGCAGAUCGUGCCAAGUUCCUGCACCACCUGGAAGGCCACUUCAUGCCAGUGAGGUCUCUCGUGUUUUCACCCGUUGAGCCAAGGUUACUCUUCACAGGCUCAGAUGAUACCCAUGUGCACAUGUAUGACGCUGAAGGAAAAACCUUGGUUGGAGCUAUGUCAGGUCACGCAGGAUGGGUCCUGAGUGUAGAUGUGAGUAGUGACGGGGCGGCUGUUGCAACGGGCUCAAGUGAUAGAACCGUGAGGCUGUGGGAUAUCAGUAUGAGGGGAGCUGUGCAGACAAUGAGCAACCACACUGACCAAGUCUGGGGAGUGGCGUUUCGACCAGGAGGAAUGCCUGGUAGACUUGCAAGUGUGUCGGAUGACAAGAGCAUAUCGCUGUACGACUACUCUUGAAGUGGCUGGCUCGGGGAGAUAUGAGAACCUUAGAAAUUUACCAGAUUGUUCACUUGAAAUCGGUUUGUUUGACACCUUGUUCUGAUGUUCUGUUUGUAAUACACAAAAAACUAGUGUUGGUCGAGGGAGGGAAUGCAUACCUAUUAGACGGAUCUUUUACCGUCGAAUUGGUGAACCCUUUACAGUAAAAAAUGAACUGGCGAAGCCUUAGAUGUGACCUUGUUAAUGUGUAUUCUUAGGCUCGCAGCUUUAACAAGUUUGUUUUGGCAUA